GAAAUCUCAACGAAACUCACUCUCUGUUAUCACUUUACAGUAAAUCUUCAAAGGUACAAUCUCGAAACCCUAAGAAUUUAUCUCAAUCUUUAAUUAAAUUGUGUUUUAAUUGCAUGGAGAUUGUAUAAUUAUUAGUUAAACUUGAAUGGGUUGAUUAAUUUGUUUUACAUGCUUGUUCUUGAUUUUAUAUACGGAUUCUUGCUAUUUUAUUAGUGUGUUGUUGAUGAAAUGGGGAAGGGUAAGCCAAGAGCUGUAGAGAAAGGGGUAGUAGGGCAAAUCUUGUGUGGGUCGUCGUCGUCAGCGGGGUCAUUACAUGUACCUCCAGCACCUGUUUAUUACCCUAAUGAAGAAGAAUUUAAAGAACCUUUGGAGUAUAUUUAUAAGAUUAGAGUAGAAGCUGAGAAAUAUGGGAUUUGUAAAAUUGUACCGCCGAAAGGUUGGUCACCGCCGUUUGCGUUAGACUUGGAUGCUUUUACUUUUUCUACGAAAACACAAGCUAUUCAUCAGUUGCAGGCUAGGCCUGCUUCAUGUGAUUCGAAGACUUUUGACUUGGAAUAUAGUAGGUUUUUGGAGGAACAUUGUGGGAAGAAGCUGAAGAGAAGGGUGAUUUUUGAAGGGGAUGAGUUGGAUUUGUGUAAAUUGUUUAAUGCUGUUAAGAGAUUUGGCGGGUAUGAUAAGGCUGUUAAGAAGAAGAAAUGGGGUGAUGUUUCUAAGUUUGUUAGACCAGGGAUGAAGAUUUCGGAGUGUGCCAAGCAUGUUUUGUCUCAAUUGUAUUUUGAACAUUUGUAUGAUUAUGAGAAGUAUUAUAAUCGAUUAAAUAAGGAAAUUAAUAAGAGUUCUAAAAGGGGGAUUUGGCAAGAUAAGAAAUCUAAUAAUGAGGCUGAGGUUUUGUGCUCAAAGAGGAGGCGAAAAAAUGUUGAAGGGGAGAAAGUUAAGAUUUGUCAUAAGGUUGAGAAAGAGGACGAGGUUGAUCAAAUCUGUGAGCAAUGUCGGAGUGGUUUGCAUGAGCAAGUGAUGCUUUUGUGCGACAGAUGUAAUAAAGGAUGGCAUAUUUAUUGCCUAUCACCACCAUUGAAGCAAAUCCCUCCUGGGAACUGGUAUUGCUUUGAGUGUUUGAACUCAGAUGAGGAUAUCUUUGGGUUUGUUCCUGGAAAGCGUUUUACAGUGGAAGCUUUUAGACGUGUUGCUGAUCGAGCCAGGAGGAAAUGGUUUGGAACAGGGUCUGCUUCACGAGUGCAAUUGGAGAAAAAGUUUUGGGAAAUUGUGGAGGGAUCAGCAGGUGAAGUUGAAGUUAUGUAUGGCAGUGAUUUAGAUACUUCGAUAUAUGGGAGUGGCUUUCCACGUGUAAAUGAUCAGAGACCGGAAUCUGUUGAAGCAAAGGUGUGGGAUGAAUACUGUGGUAGCAAAUGGAAUCUCAAUAACUUGCCCAAGUUAAAAGGCUCAAUGCUUCAAGCUGUUCACAAUAAUAUAACUGGUGUUAUGGUUCCCUGGCUUUAUGUUGGAAUGCUAUUCUCUUCAUUUUGCUGGCAUUUUGAGGAUCACUGUUUUUACUCAAUGAACUAUCUACAUUGGGGAGAACCAAAAUGUUGGUACAGUGUCCCUGGUAGUGAAGUCAAAGCUUUUGAGAAGGUCAUGCGAAAUAGUCUUCCUGAUCUUUUUGAUGCACAGCCAGAUUUAUUAUUUCAGCUUGUGACCAUGUUGAACCCAUCUGUCCUGCAAGAAAACAAUGUUCCAGUUUAUACUGUAUUGCAGGAACCUGGAGAUUUUGUCAUCACCUUCCCCAGAUCUUAUCAUGCAGGAUUCAAUUUUGGUUUGAAUUGUGCAGAAGCUGUCAAUUUUGCUCCUGCUGAUUGGCUACCUCAUGGUGGAUUCGGAGCAGAUUUGUAUCAGAAGUAUCAUAAAACUUCUGUAUUAUCCCAUGAAGAGCUUCUUUGUGUUGUAACCAAGUUUCAGGGCAAUUGUGAUAGCAAAGUGUCACCUUAUCUGAAGAAGGAAUUGUUGCGAAUGUAUAAUAAAGAGAAAAGCAGGAGAGAGAAACUUUGGAGAAGUGGCAUCGUCAAAUCUUCUGUCAUGCUCCCUCGGAAAUGCCCUGAAUAUGUUGGCACUGAAGAGGAUCCAACAUGCAUUAUAUGUAAGCAGUGUCUCUAUCUUUCUGCUGUUGUUUGCAGAUGUAGGCCAUCAGCAUUUGUAUGCUUGGAGCACUGGGAGCACAUUUGUGAAUGCAAAUUGAGCAGACUUCGCCUUCUUUAUCGUUAUACCCUGGCAGAAUUGUAUGAUUUAGUGCUUAUAGUGGAUAAGUGGGAUACUGACGAUAGAUCACAAGGCAAUAGCUUAGUGAGGCAUAGUUCUUGUUCCAGUGAUGUGAACAUCUUGAUAAAGAAGGUCAAAGGUGGCCAUGUCAGUUUGGCUCAACUUGCUGAAAAAUGGAUUUUGCAAUGUUGUAAUAUUUUUAAGAAUCCAUACUCCAGCGAGUCAUUUGCUACCUUACUGAAGGAUGCUGAAGAAUUUCUUUGGGCUGGUUCUGAGAUGGAUCCAGUACGGGAAAUGGCUGAGAAUUUGAUUAUAGCUCAGAAGUGGGCAGAAGGCGUAAGACACUGCCUUUCUAAAGUUGAGAACUGGUCUUCUAACUGCAGGGCUGAUUGUCAACCAGUGGACAUAGAGCACAUUAAUGAAUUGCUGAAAUUUGACCCUAUACCAUGUAAUGAGCCUGGUCAUUCUAAAUUGAAGGAAUAUGCAGAAGAAGCCAAGCUGUUGACUCAGGAAAUUGUUUCUGCUCUGUCGUCAUGCUCUAAAAUCUCUGAGCUUGAGUCGCUGUAUUCAAGGGCUCGUGGUUUCCCAGUUUUUAUUAAGGACAGUGAGAAAUUGUUGCAGAAAAUUACAGCAGCAAAGGAAUGGAUAGAGUGUGCAAGGAAAUGUAUCUCAGAAAAGUGCCCUGCCACAGUUGAUUUUAAUAUCCUCAACAAGUUGAAGUCAGAGAUACCAAAGCUUCAGGUUGAGCUACCUGAAGAAGAAAUGCUUUUGGAUCUAGUAAGACAAGCUGAAUUGUGUCAAUCUUGCUGCUGUGAGAUUUUGAAAGCUCCAAUGAGUUUAAAGAGUGUUGAGCUGCUACUUAGAGAAUGGGAAAAUUUUACUGCUAUCAUUCCAGAAUUGAUGCUUCUAAAACAAUACCACCUUGAUGCUGUUUCAUGGAUUGCCUGCUGUAAUGAUGUAUUACUGAAUGUUGGCCAACGGGAGGAUCAAGACAAUGUAGUUAAUGAAUUACAAGGCCUUUUGGAAGAUGGGUCCACUUUGAAAAUUCAAGUUGAUAAACUUUCAAUUCUUGAGGUUGAGUUGAAGAAGGCUCUUUGCAGGCAAAAAGCUCUCAAGGCAUUGCAUACCAAAAUGCCCUUGGACUUCAUUCAACAACUUAUAAAAGAUGCUAUCUUACAGCAGACUGAGAGUGAGAAGUUAUUCAUUGACAUGCGUGGAGUGCUUGAAGAUGCUUUUUCUUGGGAGGAAAGAGCAAAAAACGUUCUUGAAAACGGAGCCCAAAUGUCAGACUUUGAGGAUAUUUUAAGGAGUGCAGCAAACAUAUUUGUGCUUCUACCUACUUUAAAUGAUAUUGAAGAGGCUGUAGCAACAGCCAAGUGCUGGUUGAAGAAUUCUGAGGCAUAUUUAAGAUCUUCAUCAUCCACAGGGUCCAGCUGUUGUUUUCCGCUUGAACUUGAGGAUUUGAAGGAGUUGGUCUUGCAGUCAAAAUUACUUAAAAUAACCUUUGAUGAAAGAGGAAUGAUAGAAAUGGUUUUGAAGAAUUGUGAGGAAUGGAAGCAGGUUGCCUGCUCUGCGAUGCAUGAUGUAGGGUGCAUACUGGAUUCAGGUCUUAUUCACGACAGACAGAUUAAUGACCUUACUGCAAAAAUAGAACUUGCAGUUACUAAAUUACAGGCUAUUAAGAAAUCUGGGUUUGCUCUUGGUUUCAACUUUCUUGAGAUCCCUAGACUUCAAGAUGCCUGUUCUGUGCUUCAAUGGUGCAAUUGGGCCCUUUCUUUUUCCUCUGCUUCCCCAUCUUUUGAGGAUGUUGAAAAGUUGAUGGAUGCUGCACAGAAUCUUUCAGUUACAUUUGUUUCAUGCUCUCUGUUGAGCUCUUUAAUGGAAGGGGUUAAAUGGCUCAGGAAAGCAUUGGAGGGAAUUUUUGUGCGAAGUGAUCAUGAUAGAUGGAAGUUGAGUGAAGCUGAAGAGGUUCUUGUGAAAGCUCAGGAUAUCAAUAUUUCCUUCCCAAUGGUGGUAGAUCGACUUGUAAAUGCUAUACAUAAACAUAAAUUAUGGCAAGGACAAGCAAAUGAUUUUUUUCAUCUCAAGCCCGAGGAACGUUAUUGGUCUCAAUUACUGAAACUUAAGGAAACUGGGAAAGAUGUUGCAUACAGUUGUGCAGAGCUAGAUAUGGUUUUGUUUGAAAUUGAAAAGAUUGAAGAAUGGAAGCAAGGAGGCAUUGAGAUUGCACAGAUAUUUUUAGAUGAGAGCAAUCCUUUGUUGGGAGCCUUAGAAAAGAUCAAACAGUCUCUUGAUGCAUCAUUAUACAUCUAUGGCAAGUCACAGAGCUCCGAAGCAAGAACUAUGUUCAUGUGCUGCUCUGGUUAUAUUGAAGAUCAGGAGUUUUUGACUUGCUCAAUAUGCAAAGACUGCUACCACUUGCGUUGUCUGAAACCAGCAUUACUUGAUGAAAAAAGUGCAGAACUCUAUGUUUGCUCUUAUUGCCAUUAUUUGGAGGAUUCAUCAAUAGUUCCAGAUAGAGCUGCUUUUCUUAGAUAUGGAGCGAAGCAAGCUGAUCUAAGCAAACUGAUUAAAAUCCUAUUUGAUGCAGAGAAGUUCUCUGUGUGGCUUGAAGAAAGAGAUACACUGCGACAGGUUGUGGAACAAGCUCUGGAUUGCAAAGUGUGCUUGAGAGAAGUAUUGGAUUUUGAAUCAUCUUAUUUGGAUAAUGAUCUUAGCUUGAUCACUAGGAAGUUGAUAAUCGCUUUAAAGGCAAUGCAAUCGGCUGGUGUAUAUGAUCAUCAAGGUCACUAUGACCUUCAACUGGCAUUAGCUAGAAAUUCCUGGAGAAUGAAGGCUAAGAGACUAUUAGAUGGGGUACAGAAGCCCGCUAUGCAACAAAUUCGAGGGCAUAUGAAGGAGGGAUUGGCUAUAAACAUACCUCCUGAAGAUUACUUCUGGAAGAACCUCACAGAACUGAAGCAAAUAGGCCUACACUGGGCAGAUCGUGCCAAGAAGGUUGUAUUGGAUUCUGGGGCUCUUGGUUUAGAAAAAGUUUUGGAACUUAUUUCAGAAGGUGAAAACUUACCAGUUCACUUGCAGAAGGAACUGAAGUUAUUAAGAGCUCGGAGUAUGCUUUAUUGCAUAUGUAGAAAACCGUAUGAUGAUAGAGCAAAGGUUACCUGCGACAGAUGUGAUGAGUGGUAUCAUUUGGAUUGUAUUAAAUUACAAUACCUUCCGAAGGCGUAUGUAUGUGCUGCAUGUGACCCUCUAAGAGAGUUGUCUGCAUCCCUACAUAACGAUAAUGAGAGAUUGACGAGUGCGAAACCUGUAGAGCCAAAAACUCCACCAUGUUGCAUACAGUCCGCAGAGGUUAUUAGUAUAGAACAGAAGAUAGUUCCACUUAGUGAUAGCAAUAUUGUAAAAAACCGAUGGAGUGGAAUUGAUCGGUUGUGGUGGCGUAAUCGUAAGCCAUUUAGAAGGGAGUCGAAGAAACGAGCAGAGCUCGAAUGUCUUUCCCAUUUAUUCAUCUAAAAUAAUAGUCAAAGAAAUUAGAAUUAGUCAUUAGUUAUUAAUCAUUUCAUUUAUUCAAUUAAUUCCACUAGUGCAAUUCAUUUCCAAUA